GGGCGGACGAGAUUUCAAUUCGGAACGAUUUCUGGAUCUUCCUCCAGCAGACGGGGCGCUUUCUCAACCCCGCAACAAUGGCUACGACAAAGAGAUUUGUGCCUCGGCAACGCAAGCGCAAGGUUCUUGAUCGACAGAGGGCGCAGGGAAAAAGGGCAGCUCACGAUGAUGUCGAUUCGAAUGCGCUCGAAAUCACGCCGGCCCAGCAGGCUGAGGCUGAGCAGAGAAAGGCCAAGCUCCGUGAGGAGUUGAGGCCUGAGGGGAAGGUCAGCAGCAAGAAAGCUAAGCGGCUCGAGAAAUAUAUCGAAACGAAGCUCAAGAAAGAUGAGAAUCGGGAGUUGCUGGCCAAACUUGCCGCCAGCACAAUCGACACAAGCUUGUUGUCUAGCAGUCGAGCGCUUGGCCAGACUAGAGAGACGAAGAGGGAGGCCCUGCGGCGCACUCUAAAGGAGCAAAAUGCCGGUCUUAGAUUGGACAGUUCAAGCGCAGAUCUUCUUUACCAACCUAGAACAGUUGGUGCUUAUGGAGAACCAUCGCGGGAUGAGCAAUCUGACGACUCAGGGUCUGACGAGCAGGGCCUGGCUGGGAAGGUUCCCACUGAGGAGCCUCACCAGCCGCCGGCACAGGUACAACCUGGCCCUACGGCUGCAGUCGGGUCUGGCUUGAAGCGUCCGCUAGAAGUUGACGAGUCGGGUCGACCUGUUCUCGCGAAACGGCAAAAGCGGGGAGGUGUCAAGACAAAGCGCCCAUAUGCUGCGCCAUUAGUACUGGAGGAACCAGAUUCUGAGGAGUGGAAUGGGUUCAGUUCUGAGAAUGACGGACGACCAGGUCGAAGCGCUGAAGAUUCCGAUGAUGGCGCGGAUGGCAGUGAUGGCAGUGAUGGCAGCAUGGGCGAUUCAGACGACGACAUAAGUGAGGAUGACGAGCAGAACGGAGAUAGUUCAGGAGAUACCGAAGAACCCGAAUCCUCCGACGACACCGAUGAUUCAUCACGACGAAAAUCGAAAGAAAGAUCUUCGGCCUUCAAAGCUUGGGCGCACCAACAGCGAAACGAAGCUCUGGGAUACAAGCCGGUUGACUCGGGUCCCCUGGUGAUACCCAAGCCCGAAAACUUUACUCCCCGACCGAUCGAACAAGACCCGCUGCCGAUUGAACUGCAACCGACGACAAACACUACGAGGAAAGCAUACACUGUAGGAGUUACCAGGGACCCCGACAUCCAGGAGGCUCGCUACCGACUGCCCGUGGUGGCUGAGGAGCAAAAGAUCAUGGAAGCCAUCCAUAACAAUGAUGUAGUUGUUAUCUGCGGUGCUACCGGUUCCGGUAAAACAACACAGGUGCCUCAGUUCCUGUUCGAAGCCGGCUACGGAGCACCGGACGGCCCGACCCCAGGCAUGAUCGGGGUGACACAGCCUCGACGAGUGGCGGCUGUCAGUAUGUCAAAACGUGUAGCUCAAGAGCUGGGAAGUCAUUCCUCCAAGGUGGCUUACCAGAUCCGGUUUGAGGGUACCGUGGAUCCCAACACGGCCAUCAAGUUCAUGACAGACGGUGUGCUCCUUCGGGAGGUUGCCCAAGACUUCGUCCUUCGCAAAUACUCUGCGAUCAUCAUUGACGAGGCGCACGAGAGAAGUGUGAACACCGACAUCUUGAUUGCAAUUCUCAGCAGGGUAGUCAAGCUAAGGGCUGAUAUGACAAAAGAAGACCCAUCUGUCAAACCUCUGAAGCUUGUCAUUAUGUCCGCGACACUGAGGGUGGAAGAGUUCACUCAGAACUCCAAGUUAUUCCGCAGCCCCCCGCGGGUUCUGGACGUGGAAGGGCGUCAACACGAGGUGACAAUUCAUUUCGCUCGAAAAACGCGGCAUGACUAUGUGGAAGACGCUUUCCGGAAAAUCAGCAGGGGCCAUAGAAAGCUCCCGCCAGGAGGCAUGCUGGUGUUCCUGACAGGACAGGGCGAGAUCUCGCAGCUAAGCAAAAAGUUGAAGGCCGCCUUUGGGGGUAUGGGUUCGGCGACCAGACCACAAGUCCGAGUGUCGGCAAGCGAAGUCCCUAUAGAGGCCGAGGACAUCGAUUUUGGGGAAGUUGAUGACCGAAAUGCAAAUGACAUGGAUGAUGAGAUUUAUUUCGACUCUGGCGAUGAGGAGGAAGAAAAGGAGUUUGAAAUCGAAGACGAAGAGCCGGGGACAGGUCCGCAACGGAUGCACGUUCUGCCUCUUUAUUCUCUGCUUCCGACGAAAGAGCAAAUGAAAGUCUUUGAACCGCCUCCAGAAGGGUCCCGGCUCGUUAUCCUGGCCACCAACGUCGCCGAGACCAGUCUGACCAUCCCUGGCAUCCGCUAUGUGUUUGACUGCGGAAGGUCAAAGGAGCGGAGAUACGAUCCGGUGAGCGGCGUUCAAAGUUUCGAGAUUGGCUGGAUUAGCAAGGCAAGUGCAAAGCAGCGUGCUGGUCGUGCCGGCCGUACGGGCCCGGGCCACUGCUGGAGGCUGUAUUCAUCGGCCGUCUACGAGAGGGAUUUCCCGGAAUUUGCGGACCCGGAAAUUCUCCGGAUGCCCAUCGAAGGGGUGGUGUUGCAGCUAAAAGCCAUGAACCUACAGCAUGUUGUCAACUUUCCCUUCCCGACCUCCCCGUCUAGGGAUAGCCUUGUCAAAGCCGAGAAGCUUCUUGCUUAUUUAUCAGCUAUAUCACCCGAAGGCAAGAUCACAGAUGUGGGAUCCACCAUGUCCAUCUUCCCGCUGGCGCCGCGCUUCGCCCGGAUCUUGCUUGUCGGACACCAGCACGGUUGCCUGCCGUACACCAUUGCUUUGGUCGCUGGAAUGUCUGCUGGCGAGAUUUUUGUCCCGGAGAACCAGGCCAUCCCUGAAACCGCCGAGCAAACCGAAGAGUUUCUCACAAACGAAGACGUGCUUGCGGAAGACAAGCGGGCAAGGAUACGCAAAGCCUUCAACGCGGUUCACAAGAAUUUUUGCUCCCUUGACGACAAAUCAGACGCGAUUAAGCUACUCCAGGUCGUUGGCGAGUUUGCCCAUGAGCCCACCGAGGCCUGGUGUGAGAGCCACUUUGUCCGAUACAAAGCCCUCAACGAGGUCAGCAAGCUGCGGUCCCAACUCGCCAACCUCCUCAAAACCCACAUCCCUAGCCACGCCAACCUCAGUAUCCCCGACAAACUAGACAAGCCAUCGGAGAAGCAGGUCCAGGCCCUGAAACAAAUGGUAGCGGCAGGCUUUAUCGACCAGAUCGCCAUCCGCGCCGACAAGGCACCCAACCCGCCGGAGAUGCACCGCAAGCCGGGCCGCGCCAUCGACGUUCCCUAUAUCCCUCUGCUCCCUCUAGAAGGCGGCAACGGCCCGGAGGACAAGCUGGUUUACAUCCACCCUUCGUCGCCGCUGGCGCACCUCAGCGUCAAGGAGUGCCCCGAGUAUGUCGUGUAUUCGCACCUGCAGCGUGCGGGCAACACGGGCGCGGACGGCUCCAAGAGGGCCAAGACGCGGAUGCAUGCCCUUACAGACCUGACGGGCGCGCAGGUCGCGGCGGUGGCCAAGGGCACGCCGCUGAUCAGCUACGGCAAGCCGAUCAAGGAGGUGGUGGUCAAGGACGCCAACGGCAAGGAGGGCGACACAAGAGAGGUCUGGGUGGUGCCCUACCUGAGGGCCGAGACGGGCGGCGGGCUGGGGUGGCCGUUGCCUGUCAGGAAGAUAACGCAGAAGAAGGUGUGGGGUAAAGGUUGGGUUGCUGAAUCGUGAUGGCAGGGCCACGGGCCAGGGAGUGUACUUGUCAAGGUAUAAUAGAUUUGGCUAACAGUUUUACCUACCGAUACCCGUACAUAUGAAUUCGAUAUUCUAAUGGUAACGGUUACAUAUUGG